CUUUCGGGGGUUUUUUUUCCAGGGUGUUCGUGCCCUCGAGUCUCUCUCCUCAUUCGGCUCAGAGCUGCCGGAUGUGACCGACGGGACGAGGGACAUCACGCUCUCACUAUGGACCAGUCCACUUCUGGCGGAUGAUGCUUCUCACUGCGCAUUUAAAAAAGAAGAAGAAGAAAAAAAAGGUCUCCGACACCACGUGGUCCCAUCUGUCCCCUGGAGGACGGGGAGCCAAUGCCAAUCUCCUUGAAAAAUAGGAUUAAAGCAGGAAUCUGUCACCUCUCCUCGACCGAGUAGGUGUGAAUCGCCUGGGCUGGAACCAUGGGCAACCAGCUGACUGAUAUGGCCCCCAGCACGCCCUUCCUGCCAAACUUCCAGUCGCUGCACGUGGUGGUGAUCGGCCUCGACUCGGCCGGCAAAACCUCCCUGCUCUACAGGCUCAAGCUGAAGGAGUUCGUGAAGACCAUCCCCACCAAGGGCUUCAACACGGAGAAGAUCAAGGUGGCAGUGGGGGUGUCCCGGGCCAUCAACUUCCAGGUGUGGGACGUGGGCGGGCAGGAGAAGCUGCGCCCGCUCUGGAAGUCGUACACGCGGCGGACGGACGGCAUCGUGUUCGUGGUGGACUCCACGGAGCAGGAGCGCAUGGAGGAGGCCAAGGUGGAGCUGCACAGGAUCACGCGCACCUCGGAGAACCAGGGCGUGCCCGUGCUCGUCCUGGCCAACAAGCAGGACCAGGAGUCGGCCCUGUGCGUCAGCGAGGUGGAGAAGCUGCUCGCCGUCCACGAACUGAGCGCCAACACGCUGCGCCACGUGCAGAGCUGCAGCGCCGUCAACGGCCACGGCCUCCAGCCGGGCCUGGAGAAGCUGUACGAGAUGAUCCUGAAGAGGAAGAAGAUGGUGAAGCACAACAGGAACAGGAAGAGAUGAGCUCGGCGCGGCGCGGCUCACACCCUGCGGACAUUACCUCCAGAGAUUGAUCCUCUUAUUGAGACACUUCCGAGCUUAAUGGUCCCUUUUAAAUGGGAGAGCGAUGAGUGCCAACAGAACAACAAUUACACGCGGCCCCUUUCAGGAGAAAUGGAUUUACUCAUAAUAAUUGAAGCAGUAUUGACAUAUUCUCUGUUCCGCGACUGUGCAGCUGCCCUUUGAAAGCUCAAGACACUGUUAGUCCUUUUAAGAAGAGCUUUUCUACACUUGUUUUAAGAGAUUUCUAACAAGACGUCUGCCUGGGAAGUGUAGGACUAAUAUAUGAACACAUUAGAUCCAAGCACAAAAGAAUCUAGAAUAUCCAUUUUUAAAUGUCUUUCACGAGCCUGCGCAGAUGAUAUCCCACUAUAUAACUCGUUCCACGAUGUUUGGAUGCGUCCCAGAAUAUUUGUUCCACAUAUUUUUUGUGUUUGUGCUGGACAGGGAUUUUUCUUUUCUUUUUUCAAACGAGUUGUGAUAAAGCACCAACUGAUGAUGAAUUUUAUUGCCAUGGAACAAUAAUCCUAAGUGCAUUCCCUUUCAUGGCCACAGAGGUUAAGUUUCAUUUACUAUAUACAACAAUAGUGUUUAUACAAAUUGUACGAGACUUAAUAAAUCAAAAACACUGUACAGAA